CUCUCAAAAAAUGAUAGCACUCAAAAUCUUUCAGUUCUGAGAUGGAAAUUGAUAAAGCUAACAAUAAUAAGAUUGGAAAAGAGACUUCGUUAGAUCAACCAGAUAAUGUGGUAGUAAAUCGCACUGUUGAAGGUAAUGAAAGUGAGUUAACAUCUACUGAAGAACAAAUCUCGGAUAACAACGAUUCAGAUACUUGGAAUGUUAAUACUUUAGUCAAUUCUUCUACUUCUCGUCAAUCAAACCUGGAUGAGGAUGGGGUUUAUUUUUCUCAAGCAAUUCAGUCUCCUUGUUGCACUCAGAUGGAACGAUUGUCUAUUUCUGCUGCAAAUAGUUCAAUCCCUCCUCCAAAUCUCCAUGCUUCCGCAGAAAUGACUGGUGAUCACAUUGAUUUUGGUCCUGUAAUUACUAAUAUUUUCGUCGAAGAUGAAGUUGAGUUGUUGCAAAGAACACCGAUUAAUGAAUCUAAUACCUUGGGAACAAAUGCAGACAAUGAGGGUACAGUGUUCGACGCUUUUACUGAAUCAGAAGAUUACCCACAAAUCCCUCCAGGCUCUGAAGUCAUGGCAAAUUCAAAAUCGCAAUGCUCCUAUAAUGAACAAUCUCCUCCAUGUGCUGACUUAGGUGAAGGAUCAGGAUCAGGAUCGAUGGUGGAGAAAGGUAACAAAGAUAGAAUAAGUGAGUUACCUGAUGCGUUAAUUCACCACAUUUUUUCUUUCCUUGACAUAGAAUCUGUUAUUCAAACCUGUAUUCUGGCAAGAAGAUGGAGGUAUCUUUGGGCUUCUGUACCUACUAUAAAAAUAUCUGAAGCUGGUUUCAUUAGGGGUGAUGUCUAUGAUGAUUUUGUCUCUUUGUAUAGUUUUAUAAACUUUGUGGAUAGGUUUCUACUUCUGCGUGAUAGUUCAUCAUAUAUCCAAACCUUCAAACUUAAAUGGGAAAACCUUGAUGUCUAUCUACGUCGAUUAGAGUUGAAGUAUGAUGCAUCAAAUCGUGUCGCCACAUGGGUCCUGCCUGCUGUUAAGCAUAAUGUUCAAGUGCUAAUUCUUGAUAUCUAUCUCGACGGCAUGAUGAAAUUGCCAGACUGUCUAGCUGUAAAUCACUGACAAAGUUUAAGUUCCGUGGCGGUGGUAGGGAUAUGACAGACUUCGCUCUGCCUAAUAUUCCAAUGUGUUUCCCCAGGCUAAGAUAUCUGGAACUUACGGGAGUCUCAGUGCUUGGCGAUGAAAACUUAACUAGUAAGCUAUUUUCAAGCUGCCCAGUUUUAGAGUUCGAACUUUCUUCUCUUACUCUUAAACACUUUAAAUUGGACAAUGAGACCUAUGACUCAACUGAUGAAUAUGCCAUCACUGUAAAGUUAUCUGCUGCAAAUCUCACAUCCCUUAUCUGCAAAGAUUAUGUCACGAGAUUAUUCUCUGGAGAACCUUUCUUCUCUGGUCACUGCCGAUAUUGGAAUGAGAGUGAAAGAUAAUGAGAAUUAUACACCGGAAACACCGAAAGUUUACUCAGAGCUUGCGACAGAUGUCAGAGAGAUGUACGGUGCUCGAAUGAUAAAAUUUAUAAGAGCAGUCGGUAACGUGACAGAUUUUAAGUUGUCCUCACCUGGGUUCCUUGAGGAAACUGCAUGAAUGUGCUAGCAUACUUGGUCAAGAUAUCCCCUAAUACCCAAUCUAUUUUCUUAACAGUAGAGCAGACAAAGUUAGAUACAAACAAUACAGGAGGCGAUUGGACAGUAGGGUCGUCGUCAUUUCCUUGCCUCCACCACCUCAAGUUUGUUCAAAUUAAAAAGGCGACUGGAUCUCUUAAUGAACUCAAGUUCUUGCAAGUUUUGUUAAAGAAAGCCAUUGUGUUGGAGAAAGUAACAGUUUUCUGUUAUAAAAGACGCUCACCUGACAGAGCUGCACAACUGAAGGAAUUCAAAGAGAUGCUACUUGCAUAUCCUAGUGCUUCUUCGGGUGUCUCAAUAUCAAUUCAAUAGUAGGCGACGUUAAAACUUUUAAAAAAUUCUUUUUAUGUAGUAUCCAUGGCAUGCUAAAGAGAAAAAUAAAGGGUAAACGUGUGGAUCGUUCUCUGCACAAUUAUACUUUAACCGACUCUUGAGAAUAGAUUUUCUUUAAAUUUUGAAACCUUAAAAUAUUCUUUAUAUUUUUGCUGCAGUAAAAAUUCCUGCUGUAGUAAAAUAAAUGUCCCAGGU